CUCACUUAUGCAAACUUUCCGAACGCAGUCCUGUUUUUAUAGCAUUACCACAGAUACAUCAUGAUGAAGAUAAACGCAGAACAGCACAUUGAACCAAAGAAAGCGUCUCUUCGUGUAGCAUUGGUUCUCGUAUCGAUAUUGGCAGUCACGGCUACAUUGGUAGCAGCUGUGUUGUAUACAACCAUAGUUAAACGUACAAGUCAAGAGGGUCGUAGUUUUGCUAAAUACAGUGUCGAUGUACAGAAUGAUGUUUCCAACAACGACAUUGGUAGCGAUAAAAUAUAUUCUCCAGGGGCAGAUUGCGGAGAUAUAUUGAAGACUGUUGGCCCCCUCUCUGGUGUGUACAAAAUACAACCGGAAGGCGCAUCCGCACCCUUCAGCGUGUACUGUGAGAUGACAGACUCUGGAGCGUGGACUGUCAUACAACGUAGACAAGACGGCUCAGUCAGCUUCAUUAGAAACUGGGCUGAUUAUAAAGAAGGGUUUGGAAACAUCAACGGGGAAUACUGGAUCGGCAACGACAAUAUACACUAUUUGACAAAGCAGGCUCCGUACAAGCUCAGAAUUGACCUGGGAAAGGGGGACGGACUCACCGCAUACGCGGAGUAUAAUACAUUCGUGAUUGAAGAUGAGUACAACAACUACACAUUGCAUUUAGGGGAGAAUUCCGGAACCGCGGGAGAUUCUUUGAUUGAUACAUAUACUACUAACAACGGAAUGCCGUUUUCGACGUUUGACAACGACAAUGACCAGUACAUCUACAACUGUGCUAGUAAUUACUAUGCUGGCUGGUGGUUCAAUCAUUGCACGGACGGCAAUCUGAACGGGUUCUACUAUACUACAAAACAAGAAAACUAUCAUGGAACUCUAAACUGGUUCACGUGGAAUUUGUACGAACCUUUGAAAUCAGUUACCAUGAAAUUACAACAAGUUAACUGAGUAUAAACAUUAAAUAAAAUAAUUAAUUAAAA